AUGAACGUUCCCAUCAGCAUCACCAUCUGCGGCGACGGCGGCUGCGGCAAGUCGUCCAUCACCCUCCGCCUCGUCCGCUCCCAAUGGACGUCCGAAUACGACCCCACCAUUGAGGACUCGUACUCCCUCACCCGGCGCAUCGACGGGACCACCUACCACCUCUCCCUGACCGACACCGCCGGCCAGGAGGAGUACCGCGGCAUGUGGGCGAGCUCCAACCUGGGCGCCGACGCCUUCCUCAUGGUCUACGACAUCACCUCCAAGGACAGCCUCGACGCCCUCGGCUACUUUGACGACCUGGUCAACAUGGAGGCCGAGGCGCGCCUGGACAAUGCCGAGCGCGCGCGCAAGGCCGGCCUGGACGCCGACGAGCUGCACAGCCCCAUUAACGAAAAGGCACGGACGGUGCCGCCGGUCAAGAUUGUGGCCGGCAACAAGUGCGAUCUGCAGGACACGCGACAGGUCCCCGCGGCCGUCGGUCUCGAGUGGGCGCGCAAGCGCGGGUGCGGCUUCAUGGAGACGAGCGCGCGGCUCGAGGUCAACAUUGAGGAGACGUUUGCCCUGAUUGUGCGACGCGUGGUCGAGGCGAGGAAGCUGGCGGCCAUGGGCAUGAUGGACAAUAUUGCGCUGAACGCAAGGGGCAUGACCAAGCCGCUCAGUCCGAUCCCCACGCGGGAGGGCGAGUUUGACGAGAAGAGGCUCGUCGGCGUGCGGGGGCCGCAUCUCCACGGUGGGCGGAUCAGGCCGCGGAGUGGCUUCUGGCAGAAGCUGCGGUGCUGGUGA